AUGCAACCUCCAGAUGCGAACAUGGAGGGUACACACACACUUCAACUAUUUGGGAAUGGCAACGACCCACCACGCAUCCCACAGCGGAAGCCGGUCGCAAAAACAACAACCUCCAUUAUACUUCCUCUAACUCCCAACGUCUUCAUCGCCACCGUCCUCCUUGGGGCUGCCUUCUCUCGUCUAGUUUUUCGUUGGAUUGUCUCUGGAGCGCCGCUACUGGCCUACUCGAUCCUCCUUGGUGAAUCGAACGGGUAUCGCAUCUUACCCUAUAUUCCCAAGUGGACCAUAUUUUCAACGUUAAACCUUGUAUAUGCCGUGGCGGCGACAUCGUGGCUACUUUACUGGGUUUUCGCUGCUUUCUGCUACCCUUCCAUCCUGCUCUCAUGUCUUUUCCAAUUCGAUGCCGCUGCAGGUCUUGCUCGCUGGAUGUUCAGGACGUUUCUAAUCGAUUUGCAUUUCAUCAAUGACAAGAUUGCAUUCUUCGAUCUCCCUGCGUUGGAGAUCGACACGGAGGUGGAUGGUCUCAUGGUUAUUCGAGGAGCUACGUUCUCCUUCACAACGCUUACCUUGACCGCACAUGGUGUUGAAGCUGGCAUUAAGCUGUCUGAUGAUAUGGAACUUGCAAUUCAAGUGGAAAAGGUUACCGUGUCUCUUUUCAGGAGAAUCGAGCUCGACCACGUCUUCACCAAUAUCAAAGGCGGCGAAUUCGAGAUGACAUUUGGUACCCUCGCGCCCGAUACCCAAGAUAGGACCGGCGACCCACUCAUGGUGAGCGACACACCUAUACUCAUAGCAGCGUCGGCCGCAUUAGAUGGGACUAUACCCUGUCCGACCAGAAUGAAGACAGCGAUGGCGGCUGGAAAACCGCCGAAGGACUCCUCGAAUGUACGAUCAGCUUUCGAAUUGACGAGGACGAUCUCACCAGAUGAAGAGAAUGCGAGUGCGAAGUACAAAGAAAUCCUCGGUGAAAUAUUUGAGACUAGCACAGUGGAAAUUGCAAGGGCCGCCUUGAAAAAUAGUUGCCAAGACGAUGAAAGCGGCACUAAAUUAGAUUUUGAGAAUGCCAACGACAUGCGUGCAGCCAUUUGCGCUGAGAUCCACGACCAACCGUCAAUACCUCAUCCGCCUUCGAAAUCAGUUCGUGUCUCCACACUCGCGAAAUCACCUCCAUGGGUUAAGACAUUUCUGCACCGACUUCCACUGCUGCUCCGCGUGCUACUCAACCCUCAUAGUUACUUCCACCCCAUUAGAAUCAAGUCUAUCACCAGUGCGGGGUCCGGGAAAUGGAUGGUUCACCUUAUGCAGACUCACUUCUUUAGACAUUACGUGACCCAAGAUGCUGAGAUCCGUCGAUUAGAGUCUCGCAUCUCUUCCUGGCUGGCGGACGCCAAUUUCACCGUAGAGCUCGGGAAGAUCGAUUGUACGGCACACGUUCCGAUCAACACUUCAUUCGACAUCGAAACCCAUCUUAAGGUUGGCGACUUUAUGGCUUAUCGUACCCUGCCAGAAGCAGUCAACCUCACGCAAGUGAUCUCCCUCGGCGGCCUUGACGCAACUGUGUCCAUUCCGUCGUAUCUUCUUCCGCACCAUGAGCAUAUACUUCCCGAAAAACCGACCGAGUUUCAAGAGAUGGAGCUAGAGCAGGCCAUUAGGGACGCCGAGGGAGCCCCGAACAUUGUGAAAGCUGAAGCCGCAUUAGAACAACUCCACAAAGACGAAGCAAACAUCAGGUUGUCUGCACACGCUCAUCUCCCAGCAUGCUUCCACCAGGACCUACUUAACUUUGUCGCUGCGACCGUCAAAGCCACCAAGGUCAUCGAAAUGGAUCGCGGCUUCGAAGAAGUUAAAUCCCUUCGCGAACUCAAACGCACAGGUACAAACACAUCAGUCAGCAGCGAGGCCAGCAGUCUCAUGUCCAUCGAUGGGUCCGACCAAGACCAAGAGAAGAAAAGCUUCAAGUCAUUCAUGCGCAAGAUGGACCAAGGUAUGAAGGACGCCGGGGUUAAUAUGAAGGAUGGAAUGCGCAAGGCUGGUGUGAAUACAGUGAAUGCCAUGGCAAAUGAUCGAUGGAUCGCGAAGCUUGUGGGGAAGAUAACGAGGAAGCUAGAGAAGGCGCAAGGUGAUGUCGGAUACUCUGGUAAUCUUCCUGUUAAGCUGGAGUGGUAUCGGGCGAGAGCGGAGCCGGAUUCGAAACUUCUGCCGUAG